UGAAGUAAGGGUUGUAGGUCCCCCUCAAGAGCCCAAAGUCCCCACCCCUACCAAGCUGUCUUUGUUGAUUGCCAUUACUUGUUUCAGAACUCUCCGGCACUAAAAGCCUCUCCCCUCCUCUCUUUCCUCCUUUAUUUUUUUCCUCCUUUUUCUUCUUCUUCUUCUUUCCCCCCCUUUUUCUCCUUCUUCCUUCAUCAUCAUGAUUACUCAUCUUCUAAUUCUCCCCAUAUUCCAUCCUCCAUCUCUCAUCUACAAUGAACUGAGUUAGAUUUCUUAUUAAUUUCCCUUUACCAUAGUUACUAGUGUUUUUCCUUUGAUCUUCGUGUUCUGGUAUUAUUAAAGCUUGACUUUUCACUCUGUUUUCUACCCACCAAUCUUCCCAAACUGUGUAUAGAGCCCCAAACCCUACCCCAAAACUACCCACUUCAUCCCUCUUAUUAGCCCGUCUAGGGUUUUCCUUUCCUCCUCCCCCUCCUUUCUUUAUUCACCCCUUUUUCGUAUCCCUGGUUUUAUUAUGAUCAUAUGAUUCUUUAGGAUUAUUGUUAUGUCUGCGCCUCCGCUUUGUAAUCCUUUAUUUGCUGUCAAAAUCCAAUCAUCAUCCUUCAUCACUGUCGUUUGAUUCCCUUAAAUCCCAAACGAUUCUGGGUAUCUAUCUUUGUUGCCAAAUCUAGGGUUUUUCUAGGGUUUUAUAAUUCUUUGUAAAGAAAAAAUACUGUGGUUUUAUUCUCUCUGAAUUUUGGGGUUAACCUCUUUAUCAAUUGAUUUGUUAUCCUUGGAUUUGAACCGGGUCAUCUGUGGUCAUGGCGUAUCAGCAAAUUCCGGGUCCGGGCUCGGUGUCGAGUUCGAGUUCUGGGUUUCAAUACAUGAAUUCCCCAUUUGGAGAUACAACGUACACCAAGGUCUUUGUUGGGGGUCUUGCUUGGGAAACCCAAAGUGAAACGAUGCGCCGCUAUUUCGAGCAGUUCGGUGAAAUUUUGGAGGCCGUUGUCAUCACUGAUAAGAACACCGGCCGUUCAAAAGGAUACGGUUUUGUGACUUUCCGGGAUCCAGAGGCUGCUAGGAGAGCCUGUGCUGAUCCGACCCCAAUUAUCGAUGGCAGGCGCGCUAAUUGUAAUUUGGCUUCUCUUGGCCGUCCUCGACCUCCUGUUCCUUACGGUAUCAUCUCAAAUUUGCCCGGACGUUUGAGACCAGCUUCUCCAUAUGUUGGAGGUGUGCAAGCUACACGAGGGGCUUAUGUUGGAAGUUUUGGCUAUCAGCCCCCACUUCCUUACAACUACCAACAAGGAUUAAUGUACCCUUCUUAUGGGUAUGCAACAUAUGGACCUGAAUAUGUCUAUUCUCAGGGUGCUUACAACCCUUAUAUGGCUCAGCAGUACCUUCAGAUAUAUGGAGUACCUGGAGCAGUUAACGCAGCUAUUUAUCCAUAUGGGCAAGUAGGUCAAAAUGUUCCUAGCGGACGUGGUUAUACAGCUUUACAGGGAUAUGCAAUGCCAAGUCAUCAAAUAGUGCAGUUUGGUGGAGCCGUUGCUAAUGCAAUAACAACUUCUCCAAUGGCCACAAUCCAAACACCAUAUCCUGGAGGUAUAGCAGCAUCUGUUCCAGCACAGCCACAAUUUAUUGUUACUACUCCUCAGUUUAUGCAAGGUAGUGGUUCUGACCAAACAACCGGGUGAGGAGUUGAUCAAGGUAUCCUUAGAUUGCAGCAGGACUAAGAGCAGCGGAACUGCUACAUGAGUGGCGGGCUUCGGAUCUAGCCUUGCAAAUUAUUUAUUUUGCAUUCUACAGGUCGUACGUAGUCAUGCUCACCAGAGAAGUCGUAUGUUGUCCGAGUCGCUCCAGAUGGUGGAGAAGCAAUAUGGAGGAAGCCGGGAAGUCUUCCUCGAUGGUGGCGGUGUUGUCGUUUAACCUUUUGUAUUUAUAAAGAACGUUAGUAUACAGCUGCUGGUUGGGAGGCCAGGAGUGAAGGGAUUGAUGGAUGCUGGAAAGGGAUUCUAGCAACCAUCCACAUAGGGGAAUAAAAAAAAAGGUGUAAAAAAAGGAUUCAUGUUUAGAAUCAACAUAUGAUUCUUUUUCAUAGUCCACAGCAUUUGAGGUGUAUGUAUAGAUAGUCUUGUCUCUGGUGGAUUAUCCUAGGGGUUGUGCAUAUUAGUAGUAGUAGGCAUGCUGCAUUUUAUGAAUGGUUACGAGAGCUUCACUUCACAACAUGGAUGAAGCUCUCUGAUGCAUUUUCCUUCAACUGAAAUGACCAGAAAAAAAAAAGAUUUGUGUACAAAGAAGUAUUCUUCUUCUU